AUGAGGAAAAAACAAUGCCCGUGGAGGAUAAAUGCUCGUUACAAGGAAGAAAAACAAUGCCCGUGGAGGAUAAAUGCGUCUAUAGACAAGUCUAACAAUUACUUCUACAUUCGUAAGUACAACAAUAACCACAUGUGUGGAAUAUUUUUCGAUACUGCUAGCAAGAAGCGUGACACUUCUGAUGUAAUUAGUCCUCGGAAAAUUCAAGCACAGAUAAAAGAAAAUUACGGGCUUGACAUAACAUACUACGUGUCGUGGAGAUCAACCGGUGGUGGGAGGGACAAGAUUUUUGGCGAUCAUGGUCUUUCGUAUUCGUAUCUCCCCGCGUAUUUUCGAGAAGCAGAGCAUGAAAAUCUAGGAAGUGUUUUCCACCUUGAAGUCGAUAAGGUAUAUUCCCGAUCGCAUUCCCAGUUGUUUGCGAAUAGACAAACGACAACUGGGAUUGGUUUUUUAAAACAUUUUAAGGAUGCAAUAGGGAAGGACAGAACGCUAGCCUUCGUUUCCGACAGAAACCACGACAUUCUUCAAGGUGACAAGAACGUGUUUCCGGAUUGUGUUCAUGGUUAUUUUUACAAACAUUUAACUUUGAAUCUCAAAGAUAAAUUUCGGGGUGCUACUAAGAAUCAUUGCAAUGCAGUCCUCAAACAGUUUCAAUACUGCGCAUAUGCUGCUACUAAACAAGAAUUCGACAGAAAUGUGGAAAAGCUGCGAGCAAUGGGCGGACCCAAAGUUUGUAAAUUUCUUGUAAAUGCCCCUAAAGAUAAGUGGUCUAACGCAUACUUUGUGGGACAUCGGUAUGGCCAGAUGACGUCAAACGGUUGUGAAUCGUGGAAUUCACAAAUUAAGAUGAGGAGAUUACUUCUGAUAACGAAUUUAUAUGAUGGUAUUCGUAUAUUUGUGAUGGCGCAGAUGUCACUUAGACUAGGUGAGGCGUAUGAUUUAAAAGAUGAGGUUGUUGGUCGAUAA